AUGGACGACAGAGGAGGAGGAGCCGAGUCGAACUUGGUUCCCAGUUCCGACUGGGCCGAGUUGACUCAUGAGUGCCUACUCAAUAUCCUUUCACGCCUCAGUGUCGAAGAUCGAUGGCGGAGAGUCAUGUUGGUCUGCAAAUCUUCCGACUGGGCCGAGUUGACUCAUGAGUGCCUACUCAAUAUCCUCUCACGCCUCAGUGUCGAAGAUCGAUGGCGGAGAGUCAUGUUGGUCUGCAAAUCGUGGCUACACGCCAUCAGAGACCCGAGUCUUUACUCGGUCUUCGACCUCGACACCCACUUCGACUCGGUCCUUGAGUCACCCGCCUGGUGGACCCCCGAGUUUGAGCGAAAAGUCGACGCUAUGCUCCGAUCCGUCGUCGUCUGGAGUGAUGGGUCUCUGAAGGAAAUUCGCGUCAGACAUUGUUCAGAUCGGUCUGUGUCUGUGGUUGCGGAAAGGUAA